AUAUAAAAUGGCAGAAGAAGGAUCAGAUUUACCUUAUAGGGCGGAAUACGCCAAGUCAGGACGCGCCAAAUGCAAGGGCUGUAAGGCGGAAGUGCCUAAAGGGGAUUGUAGGUUAGCUUCAAUGACCCAGUCUGCGUUCUUUGAUGGUAAACAGGCAAACUGGUUUCAUCUCACAUGUUUCUUUGGUAGAAACAGGCCCCAGGCUGUUGGAGAAUUCGCUCAUUUUGAGCAGUUGAGAUGGGAGGACCAGGAGAAAAUUAGGAAGAGGAUUGAGGACAAAACAGGAGCAGUUGAUAUUCCCACUGGUGGGAAGGGUAAAGGGAAGAAAGGGAAGGGAAGAGGAGAUAUGGAGAUGGUUGAGGGAACUAUCAUCAAGGACUUCAGGACAGAAUAUGCUAAAUCUGGAGCUGCUAAGUGUCGAACCUGCGAGGAGAAAAUACCCAAGGGUGAUGUUAGAAUUGCAAAGAAAGAUUUCGAGGAUGAGAGAGCAAAGAUGUAUGGUCCGAUGGACAGAUGGCACCAUGCUAAGUGUUUCUCUGAGAACCGAGAAACCUUGGAAUACUUCGCGUCCGCCGACCAGCUCAUAGGACUCAAGACUUUGAAGAAAGAAGAUCAGAUAAUGUUGAAAGAAAUGCUUCCAAAGAUGAAAAGAAAGCUGGAGAAAGGAUCUGAUGAACCUGAUUCUAAGAAACCAAAGAUGGAAGUGAAGGAGGAGCCGGAGGAUAAGGAGGAGAUGAAGAAGCAGAACAAGAAGAUGUUCUACUACAGAGAUCUACUUCAGAAACAUCUCAAGAAGAAAGAGUUAGAGGAACUCCUGGAGUAUAACAAGCAGGAGAUUCCAGUAGGACAGGAUCGUAUGCUGGAUAGGCUCUGUGACGUGAUGACUUUUGGAUGCCUAGCUCCCUGUAAAGAAUGUUCAGGGGGACAGUUCGUAUAUCAGAGCGGGGUCGGAUACAAGUGCCAGGGAGAUCUGACCGAGUGGACAAAGUGUACAGUUGUCUCCCUGAACCCUGAGAGAACACCCUUCAAGGUUCCCACCGAGUUCAAGGAGAAGUUUGAUUUUCUGUCCAUGUAUAAGGGUAAGACUGGAGUAAGACUAAUAGCUAACCUACCCGGAGGAAUACCAAAGAAAGAAACAAAUGGAUCGUCUGGACAAGGGAAUUCGACAGCUGCACUUCUUCCUCUUCGUAACAUGGCCUUUGUCUUCAGUGGGAAGUUUAACAAAGAAAAGCUGCAGAAGAAGAUUGAGGCUUUGGGCGGAAAAGUAGGGAAUAGAGUAGACAAGGGUACAGUUGCUCUGGUAGCAGACAAAGAGACGCUUGCAGAAGCCCGGAGUAAGGUGAGGGAUGCUAAGAAGGAUUCUGUACUAGUGGUUGGUCAGGAGUUUAUAACUGCUGUAAAGGCUGAAGGUGUUGCUACAUCCUUGAAACAGCAUGCGUUGUCUGACUGGGGCGUAGAAGAGGUGCAGGAGAAGGUGAACAAAGCUCACAACACCGGACUUCCGGUUAAACAAUCAUCUACAAUGUUCCAGUCUAAAUCCAUGCCUAAAUCUGUAAAGUUGAAGUUGAAAGGAGGAGGAUAUGUCGACCCAGAUUCAGGUUUAGAGGAUAAGGCACAUGUGUACAAGAUUAAAGAUGCUGUGUACAGUGUAGUUCUGGGCAGCGUAAAUGUACAGGAUGGGAAAAACAGUUACUAUAAGCUGCAAGUACUGCAACAUGACAAGAAGAAAAAAUGGUAUGUUUUUCGAGCCUGGGGUCGAGUAGGAACCACCAUUGGAGGAAACAAACUGCAGGAUUUUGAAGAUUUGCACGAGGCGGUUCGAGACUUCGAGUUUUUAUAUGAAGAGAAAACAGGAAACAGAUGGAAGAACAGGAAAGAAUUCAAAAAGUUGCCUGGAAAAUUCUACCCACUCGAGAUAGAUAUGGGAGAAACUCUGGAAACUAAACUGGAUCUGGAGAACAGUAAAUCCUUGCUGCCUAAACCAAUUAAAGAGCUCAUCACCCUCAUCUUUGAUAUAGAAAGUAUGAAGAGAGCAAUGGUUGAAUUUGAGAUUGAUCUGACAAAGAUGCCCCUGGGGAAACUUAGUAAAGCUCACGUACAGAAGGCCUAUGGUAUUCUGACAGAGGUUCAGGAUAUGAUCAAGAAUGAGUCUGGAUCGGAGGCAAAAUUUAUUGAUGCCACGAACAGAUUCUUCACAUUGAUCCCACAUGAUUUUGGUAUGAAGUCCCCGCCUCUUCUAGAUAACGCAGAUCUGGUGAAGUCAAAGAUCGAUAUGCUGGACAACCUGUUGGAGAUAGAGGUGGCAUACAACCUACUCAGUACUGAAGACUCAACAGAUAAGGAUCCUAUUGAUGUUCACUAUGAGAGACUAAACACGGAUGUAUCUGUACUAGAGAAGGAAGCAGAAGAGUUUAAGAUAUUACAAGAAUAUGUGACCAACACCCAUGCGUCCACUCACACUCAAUAUUCACUGGAAAUUGAUCAGAUAUUUAAGGUGAAGAGGAAGAAUGAGGAGAAACGGUUCAAACCGUUUAAAGCUCUGCCCAACCGAACCCUGCUCUGGCACGGAUCCAGAACCACAAACUUUGCAGGAAUCCUCUCUCAGGGUUUACGUAUCGCUCCUCCUGAGGCCCCUGUUACUGGAUACAUGUUCGGGAAAGGUCUCUACUUUGCAGAUAUGGUAUCCAAGUCCGCCAACUACUGUUGCACAAACAGAACCAACAAUACAGGCUUGUUAAUGUUGUGUGAUGUUGCCCUGGGAAAUAUGUACGAGAGAACCAAAGCAGAUUUUAUAGAGAAGUUACCUGCCGGAUUUCAUUCUACCAAGGGUAUUGGUAAAACUGAACCUAACCCUGAAGUAUUUAAGGAGAUGGAGGGAGCUAAGGUACCCCUGGGAACUGGAGUAAAGGAUACUACUAAAAAGACGGAUCUACUAUAUAACGAGUUUAUUGUAUACGAUGUUGCUCAGGUUCAGUGCAAGUAUUUGAUGAGGAUGAAAUUCAAUUACAAGGUUUAGGGAAGAAAAUCUUCAAAGCUCUCACUGAAUAUUCAUUUUGGUUUGUUCGUUUUUCAACCAAACCUUGCUCUGGGGUAGAUAUAGACUGUAGAGCUUUGUUAAUAAGUAUCAGGCAAACAUAACUUCUUGGUGCAAAUGUUAACCCAUCUUACUUUUUAUAUUCCUGUUCUACUGCAAGCAUUGAAAUAUUGGAAGCUGGUAUGGCUGUGGCUAGCUAAAGCUGGAUUUAAGUGUUCUCGGUAGCUAGUUUAGUUUGCUGAUUAGUUAGUGGAGCUUACUUAAACCUCAACUACUAAUUGGAACCAGUAACAAGUAAUCCUAUAUUAAACCUUUACAAAAAUAAAAUAUAUUUUCUAUUUUUUC